AGAGAAAAUCGAUUAAACCUGGUAGUGACAAAGAGAGGGCAUUUAAUCAUUUAUUUGAAGAGUUGAAGAUUCGAACAAAAGUAAUUAAAUUGACAAGUAGCUCAUCUGAAAGAACAUGUUCACAUAUAAUAUUUCCAUUUUUGGCUGCUGCAUCAUCUUUAUAUAAUGGCGAUUUUAAAAUCAAUUGUGAGUAUAGCAUUGAGGAUACUCAUGGUAGAGGCCCAUUAGAUUUUGCCAUCCUUUAUUUAGAUGAAAUGAUUGCUGGGGUCUCUGAAUCAAAAAACAAUGAUUUGAAAAAAGGAGUUGGACAAAAUGCUGUUCAAUUAGAAGCAUCAAUAGAGGAAAAUCUUCAACAACUUAAAAGAAAACAUGAAUCAGAUGAUGCAGAUGGUGAUAUCCCAAAAAUCAUUUUUGGUAUUGUUAGCAAUGCUGAGAAAUGGCGUACCUAA